AUGGUGUUUUCUUCUCAGACAUUCCUUCAAAGAAGUCGUGAUCUAUGGACGAUCGAGCUAUCGAAUCAGUGGGAUGUUUUAGGACCCUUUCCCAUCCAUGCUAGAGAACAGCAGUAUCUAUCCCCCUCCUUCCCAUUGAAUCUAACAGAAAUAAUUGACUUCCAUGCAAGUUGGCCAUCGUCGUACGCUGACAACGGCCAGGUAUCUUGGAGUCAUGCAGAAUCGGACGUUGAAGGGAAUCUCGAAGUGUCGUUUCCAAACAUCAGGUGGAAGAGCUUGAGAGACACAGAGGGUUGGGCUGCUUUACAACACCAUGCCGUGUUACGGUCAACGUUUACGAUACAACCUCCAUCAUCGGUGUCACCGACAAUCCCGCCACCUCGUUUACUCGUGCAGCUAAUCCAGGGGUCUUAUUUCACCAUUCUUCCUGAAAAUGUCGAGGAAAGGAAAGUUCCGAAAUGGUACGCUGGAAAUAUUUAUAAUAUGGAGAGAGCUCUCCCGCGAGUGGUUGAACUGCCCCUUCCGCCCUCGCUAAAUAUACCAACAACCUACCACAUCUACGUUAGUGGGGACUAUGAGAUUCGGCUGUUUGGUGAUCCACGCGUUCAAAACAGCGAAAUCCCAGUGCAAAAGAUUACUUUGAAUAUGAGCGUAGAGGAUGUCGCCCAUGAUGUCGUUCAUGAAGAAACGCAGGACGUCGUGUGCGAUUUCGUGAACGGGUUCGCGUUCGGAGAUGCUAUGGGCAUCGGACUUCGGAGCACCUCUGGGUGGUGGACCGUUCACAGAGUUCAGAUUUUGUCCGAAUCCAAUGACGGAUUCGAGUUGAAGCUCCAGAAACCUACUCGGUUGGCACCAUCUCAGACGCGCGUGAUUCCACUCAACAUAUCUCAAUCAAAGCCGUUUACUGAUGAUGCCAUAUCCUUGGAGCUGACAUUGUCUUCGACCAAUUCUCAGAGCACUCAAAUAAAGCUCCAGAUCUUACUUCCAAUUAAGCAGCUUCCCCAAUGGUCCGUCUCCAAUUCCAGCCUCGUCACGGGCACGUACUUCUAUGCUUCGCACGUUCCUACAUUCUUUGUUGCUAAGUCGCCAAAGUUUGAAAACGGACGUGUUCCCAGACCCGCCGUCCUAGCUUUGCAUGGCGCCGGGGUGGAUGUCAUAACUCAAACCUUUUGGCCUGACGCCUUGCCACAGAAAGACCACAGUUGGAUUGUGGUUCCAACUGGAAGGACUUCUUGGGGCUUGGACUGGCACGGUCCGAGCGCACAAGAUGCUUGGGCUUCCGUUGAUGCAUUGGUGGGAAUUCUCAACAAUAAUUCUGCCUGGCGCCCUUGGAAGCUGGAACCGAAUGCUCGAGUGGUGGUGUUGGGGCAUUCCAAUGGAGGCCAAGGAGCGUGGUAUCUGGCCUCCAGAUAUCCCGAUCGUGUUCUUGCAGUUCUUCCUGCAGCCGCUUUUAUAAAGUCCCAAGCAUACAUUCCUUUGACGUUGUCCAGGUCUGCCCAUUACAUCGAUCCCUCGUUACGGGCUAUAUUAGAGUCUUCGUUAACGCCGGACGACAACGACCUAUUUCUUACCAACCUGGUUGAUACACCGGUGUUUGCUAUUCAUGGAGGUGACGACGACAACGUACCUGUAUGGCACUCGCGUGAGCUCGUGAGCGUUCUCAAGCAAUGGAACUCCAAUUCUUCGGUAACUUUCAAGGAGGAUCCGGGACAGCUACAUUUCUACCCGACAGUAUUCGACAAUGAACAAACACAAGCCUUCUUGGAUCAAGUUCUCGCGACAUUUUCUCCACACCCAGCAAGUAAAUCGUUUACGUUGACGGUUGCGCUGCCCUCGGAUAGUGGUACGUUACACGGCUGGCGGGUCGACCGCCUGAGUGUUCCGGGGAGAUUAGGAAGGCUGAAUGUCGAACUGGACGAGGAGAAGGUACGAGUCGUAUCCUCCAAUGUCAAGGCUUUUUCUGUCGACACAAGCGUAUUCGCUGUCCGGCCUGGCUCUUUAUGGAUUGACAACUCCCACCUGCCUCUUCCUGACGUAACCGCGCAAGCGCGAGGGGUGAUUUCGUUUAUAUCUGUCGAUCACAAAGUAUGGAAGGUCAACUCCAAGCCGAAUACAUUACAGCGAUCAGGUCGAGUACAAACAAUAUUGUCUUCCGACCACGCCCCACUCGUUUUCGUUGUUCCUCACUCCGAUAACGAGAGGGAAUUAUCAGUUGCACUGAGGACUGUUCAUGACCUACAUAUCUAUCACCGGCUUGACGCUGAAAUUUUGCGAGAUACAGAAGUGGCGCCUAACAUUGGAUUUGGGAACCUAGUUGUUAUAGGAAACCGUGCUGCUGCUACCCUAAGAGCUACGUUUUCCCAGGAAGAAGGAUUUUCGAUGAAACCGGCUCCAGGGAGUUUGGAAGGGCCAGGUCUUGGUCUCGUCUUCUUGCACCCUCAUCCUACAAAUAAGGAUGGCAAGAUGCUACUUAUGCAAUCGACGGAUGAUAGCGGCCUCGAAAGAGCCGCACGACUGUUUCCCAUUCGGACUGGCGUCGCUGUUCCAGAUUGGGUCAUUGUGGGUCCCGAGGCGGACAAGAUCGGUGCUGCUGGCGUCGUGAGCGCCGGUGUAUGGGACAGUGAUUGGGAUUGGAAUCCUGUGAUGUCCUGGGUGCACUGAUAGCGAUGAGGAAAAGGAGGUAUUCUUUAUUGUUUCAUCUAUGUCUAAGCAUUCAGUGUUCUGAGUUGAACGAUGUUAUCCAUGUAAACACAAGAUUUGCCUGUAUGAAAGCGAAUGAACAGGAAA